CCCUCGGCCCCCUUUCCCGGUGCCACCUCCAGCCUCGGGUGCCCGCGGCCCCCGGCGGAAGGGAGUGAUCGCCCGUAGCGCCCCGGGGAAGCGAGCCGAGGUCCCCGCACCCGCGUGGAUGCAUGCUGGUGGCCGGAGCCGCGCCGAGCCCUCCGCCGGGCUGUGGGAGACGCGCGACCCCCAUGCGCACCUGUGACGCCGGCUGCGCCUAGAGGCUGCGCCCCGCCAGCGGACCCCUGACCCCCUGCAGCCCAUGGGGCCCCGGUGGUCCCAGGCCGCCACCUGAGCGCCGUAUCCCGCGCGCACGCACGCACGCACGCCGCCAUGGCGGGCGCCGAGAGCUUCCAGUACCGGGCGCUCUACCCGUUCCGCCGGGAGCGGCCGGAGGACCUGGAGCUGCUGCCGGGCGACGUGCUGGUGGUGAGCCGGGUCGCCCUGCAGGCCCUCGGCGUGGCCGAGGGCGGGGAACGCUGCCCGCACAGCGUGGGCUGGAUGCCCGGCUUCAACGAGCGCACGCGGCAGCGCGGAGACUUCCCCGGGACCUACGUGGAGUUCCUGGGGCCCGUGGCCGCUGCCCGGCCCGGCCCUCGGCCGCGAGGACCCCGUCCACUGCCGGCCAGGCCCAGGGAGGGCGCUCCCGAGUCAGGCUCCACCCUCCCUGACCUGCCAGAGCAGUUCUCGCCGCCCGACGCAGCCCCGCCGCUGCUGGUGAAGCUGGUAGAAGCCUUGGAACAGACAGGAGUGGACACUGAGUGCUACUUGAGGCCCGAGCUGCCCGCACCGCGCACAGACUGGUCCCUGAGCGACCUGGACCAGUGGGACGCAGCCGCCCUGUCGGACGCCAUCAAGAGCUUCCUCCUGGCCUUGCCUGCGCCCCUGGUCACCCCGGAGGCUGCAGCCGAGGCGCACCAGGCCCUGCGGGAGGCCUCGGCGCCCGUGGGGCCGGUGCUGGAGCCGCCCACGCUGCCGCUGCACCGCGCUCUCACGCUGCGCUUCCUGCUCCAGCACCUGGGCCGGCUGGCCCGGCGCGCCCCGACCCCAAGCACCGCCAUCCGCGCCCUGGGCGCCAUCGUGGGGCCGCUGCUGCUGCGCGUGCCGCCGCCAGGGGGCGCGCCCGACGGGAGCGAGCCGAACCCCGACUUCCCGGCGCUGCUGGUGGAAAAGCUACUUCAAGAACAGCUGGAGGAGCAGGAGUUGGCGCCCCCAGCGCUGCCCCCUAAACCUGCCAAAACCAAGCCAGCCCCUGCAGGCCUGGCCAACGGGGGGAGCCCCUCGUCCCUGCAGGACGCCGAGUGGUACUGGGGAGACAUCUCCAGGGAGGAGGUGAAUGAGAAGCUGCGAGACACCCCAGAUGGCACCUUCCUGGUCCGGGACGCGUCCAGCAAGAUCCAGGGGGAGUACACGCUGACGCUCAGGAAGGGCGGUAACAACAAGCUGAUCAAGGUGUUCCACCGAGACGGCCACUACGGCUUCUCGGAGCCGCUGACCUUCUGCUCGGUGGUGGACCUCAUCGCGCACUACCGGCACGAGUCGCUGGCGCAGUACAACGCCAAGCUGGACACGCGGCUGCUCUACCCCGUGUCCAAGUACCAGCAGGACCAGAUCGUGAAGGAAGACAGCGUGGAGGCGGUGGGCGCGCAGCUCAAGGUCUACCACCAGCAAUUCCAGGACAAGAGCCGGGAGUACGACCAGCUCUACGAGGAAUACACACGCACCUCCCAGGAGCUGCAGAUGAAGCGUACGGCCAUCGAGGCCUUCAACGAGACCAUCAGGAUCUUCGAGGAGCAGGGCCAGACGCAGGAGAAGUACAGCAAGGAGUACCUGGAGCGCUUCCGACGGGAGGGCAACGAGAAGGAGAUGCAGAGGAUCCUGCUGAACUCGGAGCGUCUCAAGUCUCGCAUCGCCGAGAUCCACGAGAGCCGCAGCAAGCUGGAGCAGGAGCUGCGCGCGCAGGCCUCGGACAACCGCGAGAUCGACAAGCGCAUCAACAGCCUCAAGCCCGACCUGAUGCAGCUGCGCAAGAUCCGGGACCAGUACCUCGUGUGGCUCACCCAGAAAGGUGCCCGGCAGAAGAAAAUCAACGAGUGGCUGGGGAUCAAAAACGAUGCUGAGGACCAGUACGCCCUGAUGGACGAGGACGAGGACCUGCCCCACCACGAGGAGCGCACGUGGUACGUGGGCAAUAUCAACCGCACCCAGGCCGAGGAGAUGCUGAGCGGCAAGCGGGAUGGCACCUUCCUGGUGCGGGAGAGCAGCCAGCGGGGCUGCUAUGCCUGCUCGGUGGUCGUGGACGGGGACACGAAGCACUGUGUCAUCUAUCGCACGGCCACCGGCUUCGGCUUCGCCGAGCCCUACAACCUGUACGGCUCCCUGAAGGAGCUGGUCCUGCACUACCAACACGCCUCGCUCGUGCAGCACAACGAUGCCCUCACCGUCACGCUGGCCCACCCGGUGCUCGCCCCCGGGCCCGGGCCCGGGCCUCCACCCGCCGCGCGCUGACCCUCCGCCUUGCAGAGCCCUGCCCUGCACUGGCUGCUGGCGCCGGCCGGUGGGCACUUCGCUCUGGACUCCUGGUGGAGAUCUCCCAUAAUCCCACCCUCUCCCUCCCCCAUCUGUCUCCAGCUGGGGAGGUGGGGGACAGUCCCAGAGUCCCCCUCCCCCAACUUUUAAGCCAUAGACGCUUGCGGGGGGGGCAGGAAGGAAGCACGCUGGCGCCCAGAGACCUUGGCCAGGACUUUCGGGUUGGGCGGGACCCGCCCCAUGGACCCCAACUUCCCCCUCGAAACACCGAAGUGAAACCCAUCCAGGCAGUCUUCCCCAACGCCGGGGCUGCCACCGCCCCCGAGAAGUCCUCCUCCCUCCCGCCCCCGCCUGGACAUCCCCCAGGAAUGACGGAGCAACGCAGGAGCCGGCCCGCGUCGUCCCCCUUGCCCCCGGCCAGGGACUGCAAGCCAGGCUGGGGACGUCCCCGCCGAAAAACACUGCCCGUGGCGCCUGGAGCCGAGCAGUCCUGCCCUGCUCGUGGGGGACCGUGACCCCAUGCAGCCUGGCCCGCCACACCCUUCUCCCUUCUUUUGGGACGCAAGCCCCCCUCGUUUUCUACGCCACCCGCCCGCCUGCCGCAGAGCUCCGGGGCGGGUUUUGUACGGUACCGUUGUUACUGAGGCCAUAAAGGCAUUGCAGAUGCA